UAAAUAAUUUGUUUUUUUGAAAAUUGACAAUUUGCAGUUUGGGAUUUCAAUCCGAACUCGAGAGAGAGUGAAAGAACAGAGAAGUAGAAAAUCGUUCUUCUACGGUAUUCGCGAGUCAAUUGUAGGUCACUCAGCAUUCCCAUUCACAAAACUGAAUCACAAACACCAUUCACAAACCGGUGAUUCCACUGAAGUUGUUGAAUGCGAAGACCAAGAAUCAUGAGACCGAAUAUCGUUUCUGAGGCAGGGUUGUCUACUAGGUUGAAUCAGUAUUGGGAAAGCAUUCCAUUUGUCACUUCUGCAGUAGUUAUUAUCUGUGGAGCAAUUUACUUUGUUUGUCUCUUGGCUGGAUAUGAUUCCUUUGCUGAGAUAUGUUUCUUGCCCUCUGCUGUUGUAACCCAAUUUCAAGUUUACAGGAUUUAUACUUCCCUUUUUUUCCACCUUUCGUUGCUUCAUGUUCUUUUCAACAUGAUGGCUUUUGUUCCUUUGGGAUCUGAGCUGGAGAGGAUCAUGGGAUCCGUUCGCUUGCUGUAUCUUACUUUUUUGUUGGCUACGAGCAGCGCUAUAUUCCAUGUUCUCAUAGCAUUGUUGGUGGAAUAUAAUCCUUUUGUUACGAAUGUUUACCUCAUGAAUGAGUGUGCUGUUGGGUUCUCAGGAGUUCUGUUUUCAAUGAUUGUUAUAGAGACAAGCCUGAGUGGAGUUCAAUCGCGGAGUGUGUUUGGGUUGUUUAAUGUGCCUGCCAAGUGGUAUGCAUUUUUUUUGUUGGUAGUGUUCCAGCUCCUCAUGCAAAAUGUCUCCCUACUCGGACACCUUUCUGGCAUUGUAUCUGGGUUUGCUUAUACAUAUGGUUUGUUUAAUUUCCUCAUACCCGGGGCAUCCUUUUAUUCUUCAAUUGAAGCCUCCUCCUGGCUUUCAUCAUGUGUGAGACGUCCUAAAUUUAUUGUUUGCACUGGUGGAAAUCCUUCUGGCUAUAUCCCUACACAUACAAGCCAAAACUCAACCUCUGGUGGAUUAUUUUCCGGAAAUAUUUGGAGGAACCUAUCAUCAUUGAUGCCUCAAAGGGAAGUGUCUGCCCAGCCUCAGUCAGUUGAGGACAGUAGGUUCCCUGGGAGGGGAAGGACCCUUGGUGCUGUUCAAGGUCAAACUGCUUCUGGUCUUCAUUCCGAUUCAAAUCUUCAAGCUAGACUCUUGGAGGACAGUAGUCCUGAUCAUAUUUCAGAUUCACCCAUUAUGAAUACUACUCAAAGGUUAACUGAAGGAAGGAGUGGCAAUUCCAUCUUGAAUCCAACAGUUAGAUGAGCUUGGCUUGCAGAUUGCUUUCCCGUUGGCCAUGGACAACAAGCAUUUGAUUUUAAGUUAUAAUGUCUAUCCUGAAGAGAACAUACAUUGGUGCAAUUAUUGAUAGAAUAUAUUUCAAGAGUACAAACUAUAUUUUGUUGGGAUGAGUUAAGGCCAACCACAAUUCUAAGAUGGUCUUAGAGCUUAUUGAUCAAGCCACGGGCCACCCACCAUUUAUAUCCACACACCAAGUCCAAUAGUGUUGUGCGUGAAGGGGUUGGGAAAAUCCCAAUUCACACAUUGGUUACCAAUAUAACUUAGAAAAAGUUUAUAUAAAGUGACACCCUUUACCUUACAAACCUGUUUUGUAGGAAUGAGUUAGGCUCAACCCAUAUUUUAAGAGAAUAUCUAUUUAACAUGACUUUAUCUAUAGGCUAAUAGAAUACUCCAUAAAUAGUUCAAGUUAUAUGUCCAUUAUCAUUAGAAGUUAAGAUUUAUGCAUGAUAUAUAACUAAAUUAUAAGCUUCUCAUCUGCAGAAUAAGAAAUUACACUGAACCAGUUUCUUUAUAAUCAGUUAUCCCUUGAUUUCCAGUUAUAUCAAUGAAAGGGUUCACUCAGUAGUAAAUUGGUUGAUGUUAGCCAUUGUUUGCUUGCUCUUCAGUUAAAAUUGUUUUUCGGUACCAGUAACAUGGAUUUCACUGGGUUUAGGUUUGCUUGCUCUUAAGUUUAACUCAUUCAUCAGUACCGGUAACAUGGAUUUUACUGGGUUUAGGUUACAUGUUUAACAAACGUGUCGUUUAGUCUCUGUUGUUAUCACUGGAAAUGGGCAGUUGGGAACUAAACAAAGUAUGCUCCCUGACAUUAUAGCAUAAUAUCUUUUGCUUGGAUUGAUAAGUUUAAGUUAAACUUCUCAGUAAUACUGAAAUAUUUUCAAAACUACCAUAGUAUGUUUGAAAUGUUUUU